AUGGGAUUUUGGUCAAUUUAUUGCGAUGGCUAUAUGGAAACCAAAAGUAAAAAACCAAUGCAUCCAACAUUUUAUAGCUCGAAUGAAAGAAAAAAGUUUGAGUAUCCAGACCCUGGUGAGCGCUUUAGUUAUGUAGUAGUAAAAGGUGAUCCUCUUUAUGAUGAAAAUGGUAAAAAACAACCGCGAAGGGUUGCAGACUAUAUGGAGUUUCCAGAUAAUGCAAAAGAACUCAAUACAGAAAUAGAUAUUAGCCACUAUUUGGAACAAACUGUGGGAUUAUGCGCCCGCUUUAUUAAUGAUAAUGAAAGAUACCAACCACCUUCUUCACAUAAAAUUAUGCAACUCAAAGAUUCGGAUGAGAAAGAAAAGCAUAUUGACGCAUAUUCUCAAAAAGAAGCUAAAAAAUGGCUUACGAAAUAUAUCAAAGCCUUGAAAUGA